GUGACUCAGCUGAUGGUUUGUGUUUAAAGUUCCAUAUAUUUACCUUUCUUUUAUGACCUAAAACAGUAGACGUUUACUUGGUAUUUUAUAUAUAUAUAGUAAUGGGGGUAAAAAUUGAACUGUUAGGAAUUCCAUCCCGAAACAACAAAAUGGCUGCUUGCCUCAUACCGUCGGUGGAGCUACCACCUGGAAAGGAAUAUCAUGCCUACAUUGUGUACAAGACAAAUUCAAAAGAUAGCGAGAUUGCUUUUGAUAUAGCGUCAAACCUGGAGUCUCAGUACGGACUGAAGUGUUGCGUCCAUGACCGGGAUUUCCUACCUGGACUUGCAAUUGUGGACAAUAUAGACUUAUUUCUUAAAAAAUCAUUUAAAAUUGUCAUCCUUUUGUCUGAAGCAUCUCUUGGAUCUCUAUGGGUUGAACACGAAUUGAACGUCGCAAUUUACCUUCACUUGCAGAAAGAUAAUGGUCUGCACCAGCAGAUUAUCCCGGUGAAACUUGAUGCAUGCACAUUGCCACCAAAAAUUGGGUUCAUACACCCAAUAAACAUACAGUACACACCCAAGCAAAUAUGGAUGGGAAAGCUUGCUUUGACUAUAAACUGUACUGCUGGAUUAGAAAGUCUCUACGGACAAGGAGUAAAGCUUCUUGACUGCAACAAUUCUCAGCUUAAAAACGGUGAAAAUGAUGUACAGCUGUCACAGGAAAGCCUCUGUGCUGUUGGUACACUUGUAUACGAUGGUGAAUGGGUUGCCAAAUGCUUCCGGGUCGGCGAUAGCUACGUCAUCACAACAGCCAGUGCAGCAAUGCAACAUGAACGUGCCUCAACAAAGAAGAUGGACGGACAUGUUGAGUUUCCGGUGACAAAGUCAAGAAAUACAGAGAAAUUUCGUCUGAAAUCUUUGAAGUUCGUUGACGAAGAUCUAGGUGUUGCUGUCAUCAAAUUGGAAAAAAAGAUUUUCAGACGACCACCGAGGCGACUACGCUUGUCUACAGGUUCAGAAUCACCUGAAAAUUUCACCGACGUUUGCCUGACCUGUGAAAUGGGAAGCCCAUGUAUAGUUGACGAAAACUCCACUGUGCUAGCUAUGAGUCUCGAGUCUGGUGACGGCAGUAAAACUGUGAAGGCCGUCAAGAUGGAAGCACUGAAGAGUGCACUAGAUCUGUCAGAUUCGCACAAUCUGACAAAGAAACUGUUUGAGUAAUCAUAUGUGAGACUUCCAUUCAGUUGAGGACAAUUCAGUUCAACAUGCAAUUGCGUAAUAUGGAAAUCUUAAUAAGUGAAUUGGUUUUAUCU